GAGGGGGCAGGAAGUGGCUAACAGCCCGGCCUAGAGUCAGCCACGGGAAGCAGAGACCCCGAGGCACAGAAGAGGUGAGGAGGGGAGAGAAGGCCAGGGAGGCAGGCGGGCGGAAGGAGACCAGCCAAAGGGAGCAGCUCCAAGGCAGAGAUCUGUCAACCCGUCUGGCCGGGGAGACCGACUCGACGCCAUGUGGCAGCUGCUGAUGCCUCUGGCCCUGUGGUUGGGCGCAGUGGGCCUGGGCAGAGCCGAGCUCACAGCAGCGCAGCAGCGUGGCCUGCAGGUGGCCCUGGAAGAGUUCCACAAGCACCCGCCCGUCCAGUGGGCCUUCAGGGAGACCGGCGUGGACAGCGCCACGGAAACGCCCUUCCCUGCAGGGACCUUUGUGAGGCUGGAAUUUAAGCUCCAGCAGACCAGCUGCCGGAAGAAGGACUGGAAAAAAGCGGAGUGCAAAAUCAAGCCCAACGGGAGGAAGCGGAAAUGCCUGGCCUGCAUCAAACUGAACUCUGCAGAUAAAGUCCUUGGCCGGAUGGUCCACUGCCCCAUACACACGCAGGCUCUCCGGGAGCCCGAGGAGCACCAGGAGGCUCAGUGCGGCAGGGUGGAGCGUGCGGGCGAGGACCCCCACAGCUACUACUUCCCAGGACAGUUUGCCUUCUUCAAGGCCCUGCCCCCGAGCUGAGGCCCGACGGUAGAUGAAUUCUGUCCCGCUUCCUGGACAGCUGCAGGAGCUGACCAGUGCAACGCCGACCUGCCGUCCCCGAGCCCAGGGAGUACGAGCCCAUUAACCCCGAGCCAAUAAACUGCUCUCCCAGA